AUGGCAACAGUGUCUUUGGGGCUGAAUGAAACCGACGACCAUUCCAUUUCCAACAGCGUAUCGACUGUUUCAAAAAGACGAAAGCGGAGAAAUGGUAGUUUGAGGCUCAGCAAAAGUCCUGCUCCCAACCCUAGGCUUCUCAAUGUUUGGGGAACGUUACAGCUAAAUACCAACCCUGUUAUGCAAUUCCCGAAAGUCGCCGCAAUCCCGCCGUCCUUUAUACACCAUGACAAAGAGCAAGCUGAGCUGCACAGCCCAAAUAGCCUAGAAGGUAAUCUACAUAGUUCAAUGCUGAAGUCAAUCAUGAAACCAAACAAAUUAAUGGACGAGGAGCAACUGGGUAAAAAAACGGUUUCGUUCAAGGACGAAGUAUCAGUGAGAAGCAAUUCUUUGAGAAGCAUGCAGAAGGCUGCUUCAACUCAUGUACUCGCUGCCCAUACAAAUCGCAAUUAUAGGGACUCUCCAGUUCGUUCAAAAUUGCUGAACAACAAUUUAUUCCAGAGACCGACGAGCAAAGAACUAGAGCAGUUCCGAACGGAACCUUCAGAACUGGACAUGCUAUGUUUCGAGCCCGAGCAUUCGACGCCAGACGACGCAGACCACACUUUAGAUAGUGUGUGUGAUUCCGAGAAGCAAUUGAGCCAAGAAAGCCAAAAGGGGGAAGAAAAGUCAGAAGAGCUGGCUACUGAUCAUGGCGAGGCUGCACAUCAGAACUUCUUUUAUGAAGUGUCUGAUAUCUUCAGUGACUCGAAGAGGUCCUCGGGCACCAAAGAAGCAGUGGAAACAAAUGAGUACUGCGUUUCAAGCGACGUGCAGGAAAACGAUGUGGACGAAAUCGAUCAGCAAAUAAAAACAUUAAAGAAGAAAAGAAAGGAGAUCAUCAAGAAACAGCGCCAAACAUCUUGGUUUCAUGGAGGGCUGUUAGGAUUUAUCAGAUCAAAGACCAAAUAUAAUCCUCCCUCAACGCCCAACGAGCACACCAACACAAGUUCUGACAUUAUACAGGCUCUCAUGGAGUUGGAGCAAAACCGCGAUGGAACGCAAAGCAGUACAGGGGAGUACUCCAAUGGUACCACAUUUUCAUCUAACUUGGACACUCCCAACAGCUCUAGAAGACUCAGUAUUCGAGAAUUUUUCAAAAAGAGACAACGAACCCCAAUCAAUACCAGUGCCUCUGAGCCUAUAGCAUCACUUUUCAAAAAUCUACAACUCCAACCACUGAAUCUGGCUCCAGAAACGAGACUAAGCCGCAGCAGAUCUGAGGAAGAUAUUAGCGCUUUUUUUAAUCGAGCAGCUGAAACCAUCGCUAUCCACGACCGUAUGCCAUGA